GUGUUUCGAGCCCAGGCCAAGACUAGCGUUUACAUUAUCUUGUGGUUUUCAGCAUCAGGCUGUUGCUGUCUAUAGGCUGUUGUCUUUAGACAUCCAUAUGCUGUCAGAGGCAUUAGAGGCUGCUCUCUAGCUCUCUACUGACGUCACGUACACAAUGAAGAGAAGACUGACGUCACUCUGUUAGCGUACUCUCAUCAUGGUGGUUAGCUAACGGGAGCUACGAAGCUAGGUCACUUCUGGGACAGCCCUGACAGCUUAGCUUCGACAGCUAGCUAGCUAACAGUUGGCUAUGUGAAGUGACUGACCGGGAAAGAUAAAGAGACUCCCUGCAGCAGCUCUCUGAACGGAUGAUGAGCUGACGUGCGGCCGGGCGGCGUUCCUGUCGGUGUUGCAGCUGGCUCUCAUGUUGCCAUGGAGACGGCAGCCUUCGAGGGCUGGCUGCAGUCCGUCUCGGCCUCUUUCCUUACCCUGAACGACCAGCAGCGCAACCAGUCUCUGGACCAGCUGAUCUCUCUGAGCGGAGCCGUGCAGCUCCGCCACCUGUCCAACGGGCUGGAGACGCUGCUGAAGAGGGACUUCCUUCGCCUCCUCCCCCUGGAGCUGGCCUUCUACCUGCUGCACUGGCUGGACCCCGAGACCCUGCUCACCUGCUGCCUGGUCUGCAAACAGUGGAAUAAGGUGAUCAACUCGUGUACAGAGGUGUGGCAGGGUGUGUGUCGGGAGCUGGGCUGGAGGAUUGACGAGUCCAUUCAGGAAGCCCCCCACUGGAAGGGGGUCUACCUGAAGGCUAAACUGCGCAUGGUGCAGCUGCAGGAUCAGGAGGCAUUUGAGACAUCGUCCCUGAUUGGCCACAGUGCUCGGGUCUACGCCCUCUACUAUAAGGACGGCCUCCUCUGCACAGGCUCCGAUGACCUCUCUGCCAAAUUAUGGGACGUGCGCACUGGGCAGUGCAUUUAUGGAAUUCAGACACACACCUGCGCCACCGUGAAAUUUGAUGAACAGAAGCUGGUGACUGGGUCCUUUGACAACACUAUGGCAUGCUGGGAGUGGAGCACAGGUGCUAAAAUCCAGCAGUUCCGUGGCCACACUGGAGCAGUGUUCAGUGUGGACUACAAUGAUGAACUGGACGUGCUGGUCAGCGGCUCCGCGGACUUCACGGUGAAGGUGUGGGCUCUGUCUGCUGGGGCGUGUCUCAACACUCUGACGGGACACACCGAGUGGGUCACCAAGGUGUUGCUACAGAAAAGUGAGGUGGAAUCUAUGGUGCACAGUCCUGGGGAUUAUAUCCUCCUAAGUGCUGAUAAGUAUGAAAUUAAGGUCUGGCCUUUAGGGAGAGAAAUCAACUGCAAAUGUUUGAAGACACUGUCAGUGUCCGAGGACCGCAGCAUCAGCCUCCAGCCUCGCCUGCAGUUUGACGGACGCUACAUCGUCUGCAGCUCUGACCUCGGAGUCUAUCAGUGGGACUUUGCCAGUUUUGAGAUUCUCAGGGUGAUCAAAACGCAGGACCCAGCUAACCUGUCCCUGCUCAGCUUUGGCGAGGUGUUUGCGCUCCUUUUCGACAACCACUUCCUGUAUGUGAUGGACCUGAGGACAGAGGCCAUCUCGGGCCGCUGGCCUCUGCCAGCCUACAGGAAGUCCAAACGGGGAUCCAGCUUCCUGGCCGGUGUGACCUCCUGGCUCAACGGCCUGGACGGGGACAAUGACUCUGGACUGGUGUUUGCCACCAGCAUGCCGGACCAUAGCAUUCAUUUAGUACUGUGGAAGGAGAACGGAUAGACAGCACGUGCGCUCUGGAAUAUAUGAACCUUAACAGCCAACAUAGAUCAUGCAUGGACCAAAGCAUUUAGUUUUUAUCGGUUUCUUCCUCAUACAGUCCCACUCCAGACACCCACUUGGACAUCCACGGAUGGAAAACUAAGAUGAUGAAACUAUUACUGGUGCGCUAGAUCAACACAUCUGUGACAAUUAAAGGUUCCAAAAUAAACAACAGUAGAAUUUCUCCUGUAAUAUAUUUGAACGUAGUGGUGUAAAUGUUUUUGGGAGAUUUGCUCUUCAAUCCGUUUGGCGUUGUGCAGUCACCCUUAAAGGAUAACUACAGUUUUUUCCAACCAUAUUUCCCUAUGUUUUUGUGUCUAAGUGACUGAUGGGAACAACAAUCUUUGACAUUGGUCCAGUAUUAAGAGAG